CACCCGCACACAUACACACACGCACAUACAGACGCCGGCUAUAAAUAAGUUAAGAGCCGGGCAGAGGGCGAGCAGUGUGCCUUCCCCUGCGGGCCAGGCAGCAGGGACCGCUGCCGCCGCCCGGCGCCUCCCUCGCGGCUCACCCGCCGGCCCGCAGCAGCGCCCUCGGUGCCAUGGCGUGCGUGGAGCGCUGCCGGUGCUGCGCGGACAGCAGGCGGCACAGCAGCAUCCUCUACAACAUCCUCAAGAGCGAGGAGCAGGCGGCGUCGGAGCGGCGGCAGCCGGCGCCGGCGCCGGCGGGGCAGGGGCCGAGGCAGGGGCAGCCGGGCCGCGGCUGCUCGUGUGGCUCGCAGCGGCGGGUGGCCCUGAAGAGCCCGCAGGUGGCGUGCAAGGCGGCCUCGGCCGUGCUGGUGAAGACGCUGCGCUUCGUCCAGAACGUGCCCUGCUUCCAGGAGCUGCCCCUGGACGAGCAGCUGGUGCUGGUGCGCAGCUGCUGGGCGCCCCUGCUGGUGCUGGGGCUGGCGCAGGACCGGGUGCACUUCGAGACGGUGGAGAGCGCAGAGCCCAGCAUGCUGCAGAGGAUCCUCACGAACCGGCGCCACGGCGAGCAGCACCCGCCGCGGGGCCCGGCGCCGGCGCGGCAGCACCAGGGCCCCGGCGGCGGCCCGCACCUGCCCUCGGCCGGCGAGAUUCAGGCCAUCAAGGGCUUCUUGGCCAAGUGCUGGAGCCUGGAUAUCAGCACCAAGGAGUACGCUUACCUCAAGGGGACGGUGCUGUUCAACCCGGAUCUACCUGGACUGCAGUGUACACAGUAUAUCGAAGGACUGCAGAGGGAAGCACAACAAGCUCUAAAUGAACAUGUCAGACUCAUUCACAGAGGUGAUGAAGCCAGAUUUGCCAAGCUGAAUGUUGUUCUAUCCUUGUUAAGAUCUAUUAAUGCUAAUGUGAUUGCUGAACUGUUCUUUAGGCCUAUCAUUGGUGCAGUGAACAUGGAUGAUAUGCUUUUGGAAAUGCUUUGUGCAAAAUUAUAAAGGCUUGUAAAAUAAUGAAAAUAAAUUUAAUGAAAAGGAAGCCCUAGAGGAGAAUAGUGUAAAGUACUGUAAAUAAACUAACUUAUUGUUUUUACAUAGAUAGUAUUUU